AUGGCUAGUCUUGAAGGAGAAUUAAUUCCCAAGCUAGUUGAGGAGAAUGAGAAAGACAAAAAAGGAUCAGAGCCAGUAAUUAUGACAAGGCCACCACCUCCGUUUCCACAAAGACUGCAGAAGCAAAAAGAUGAUGCUAAGUACAAGAAAUUCUUAGAUAUUUUGAGCCAAUUUGAAACAGUUGCACUUACUGAAGAGUGCAUUGCUAAAGUUGAGAGUAAACUUCCUCCUAAGUUGAAGGAUCCUGGGAGCUUCACAAUUCCUCUAUCUCUUGGAAAACAAGAAGUUGGUAGAUCCCUGGGUGAUUUAGGGGCUAGUAUAAAUUUGAUGCCAUCCUUUUUGUUUAAGCAACUCGGAUUGGGGGUGCUUAGACCUACUACAAUUACUGUACAGUUAGCAGAUAGGUCACUAGUUAUGCCAGAAGGAAUUAUUGAGGAUGUGUUAGUUCGAGUUGGAAAGUUUAUUCUUCCUGCUGAUUUUAUUGUUCUUGAUUAUGAGGCAGAUGAGGAAGUGCCCAUUAUUUUGGGGCGACCAUUCUUAGCUACUGGUGGAGCGAUUAUUGAUGUGAAGUAUGAGUAUCAGAAAUGGGGAGGGUUGACUCACAGAUUGGAGAUAUCAUAG